AUGCGCUCAGCCCUCGUCCACCCUGGGUUCGACCUCCAGCCACACUGGCAAGCCGAGCCCGACUACAAAGAAUCCUCCGCGGGCGCGGCUGGCGGCCCUCACUCCCAACGCCGCUUCCCAGAGGACCCCGCGGCCUCCCGCGCCGCACGCUGCGUUCCUUGGCGCCGCGCGCGCCUAACCGGCCUGGAGGAGAGUUCCCAGCGGGCGAAUCCCAGCCCGUGGCUGUCUAAGGGCCGCUCCUCCCUCAGUGCCGACUGUGGGCGGCGGACCCGCCAAACCCCUCCUGGCGUGGGACUUUCGCAUCCCCGCUACGGUGACGGCGGAAGGCGCGCCCCUGACCCACGUGGGAUUCUUCCCGGGCUGCGGUGCUCCCUCGGAGGGGAGGCGCCCGGCGGCGUCCCUGCUGCUGCUGCGCCUCCAUGCAUCGGCCCUUCGCGGCCGGCACAGAGGGGAUCUCAGUUUAAAGUCCUGCCACUCACGGCAGGUGAGACCAUGAUCUCACAGCACAGGAAGCCAAUGACUGAGAUGAUUAUUGGGUGCUGCAGCCUGGAAGAUGGGAGGGUCUCCUUCAAACACCUGCAAAGCAUAUUGAUUGGAGAGCUUCUGACCAAUUUGGGGAUCCUCCAGGCAUCAUCUCAAAUUUGA